AUGGUGAACAAAAAAAUUGAUUUUUUCUUUAAGAAAAGAGGCUCUCAAGAUAUAGAAGUUAAUGCAACUACAAAACCUUCCACUGAUAAUGUUGAAGCUUCAAUUCCUGAACAACGUCCUUGUAAAGUGCCUAGAAUAGAAUCCAAAGAAAUUGAUACAUCUUCUUUGCUCUUGGUAUCUUAUGAUGGGGAUGUAGCAGAUGUUGUGUUACACAAAGCUCCUCAAAAUGCUUCAUACUACUCGCAUCGAAUUCAAAAAGAGAUUCUUAGUAUUUUCUUUGACAAAAUACAAAGAUUCAUUCGUGAGGAGAUUGAUGAAGCAAAAUUUUGUAUUAUAGUAAAUGAAGCUCGAGAUGAAUCAAAGAGGGAGCAAAUGGCUAUUGUUCUAAGAUUUUUUUAUAAAGAUAGUUUUAUAAAGGAGCAUUUUUUUUACAUAGUUCAUGUAUCAGAUACAACAUCAGCAACUUUGAAAGAAGAAAUAUGUAUUGUCCUAUCUCGUCAUAAUCUCAGUGUACAAAAUAUUCGCGGUCAAGGGUAUGAUGGUGCUAGUAAUAUGCGUGGAGAGUGGACUGGGUUGCAGGCCUUAUUUCUUCAUGACUGUCAUUUUGUGCAUGAUCAGUUGAAAGUUGCUCAAACUAAAGAAAUUGCAGCAAAACUUGCCAUUGAUGAAGUUGAAACUGUCUUAAGUAAUGUCAUCAAUGAUAGAGCCAUCUCUACUCAACAUGCAGAUGCAGAUGGAGUUUAUGAUAAGAUUACAUCUUUUGAGUUUGUGUUUAUCUUACAUCUUAUGAGAGAUAUUAUGGGGACUACUAAUGAUUUUUGCCAAGCUUUGCAACAUAUUCCUGAUAUGAGUGCUCGUUACACAUCUGGUAGAGGUCGUGCUUGUCACCAAACAGAUCACAUUACUAUUGAGCAUCAUUUUCGGGUUGAUAUUUUUACAAUUAUAUGUGAUUCUCAAUUGCAAGAAUUGAACAACAGAUUCACAGAAGAUGUGAUGGAGUUGCUUAUUCUUAGCUCUGCUUUAAAUCCUAGGGAUGAUUACAACUUGUUGAUUAAAGAAGACAUACUUGCUGCUUGGGAUAAGAGGUUGCCAGGAAGGCUAGAUUGA